ACGACAACUCCAAAGACCCUAGAACAACGUUUUAUUUGGCGGUGACUUUGACUCAUCGUGCUCAAUAUGACGACUACGAACCUUUCGUGUGAUAAUGCACAGCUGCAGCAAUUGCUGCAUGUACACCACCCGCUACUACUUCAAAAAGGAGAAGGAGGAGGAGGAGCAGGAGGCGGAGGUUCUGACAAGGAGGAGGAGGUGCCGACGAGGAGGAGGAGGAGGUCCCGAGCAGGAGGAGGAGGUCCCGAGGAGGAGGAGGAGGACAGGGAGGACGACAAGGAGGAGGAGGUCCUGAUGGAGGAGGAGGAGGAGGUCCCGACGAUGGAGGAGGUGGAGGAGGAGGAGGAGGAGGUCCCGACGAGGAGGAGGAGGUCUCGACGAGGAGGAGGAGGUCCCGACGAGGAGGAGGAGGUCUCGACGAGGAGGAGGUCCCGGCGAGGAGGAGGUCCCGACGAGGAGGACGUCCUGAUGGAGGAGGAGGAGGAGGUCCCGAAGAUGGAGGAAUGGAGGAGGAGGAGGAGGAGGAGGUCCCAACGAGGAGGAGGAGGAAGUCCCGACGAGGAGGCGGAGGAGGUGGAGGUCCUCACAAUAGAGGAGGAGGAGAAGGAGGAGGAGGAAGAGGAGGAGGAGGAGGAGGCGGAGGAGGAGGAGGAAGAGGAGGAGGUCCCGACGAAUGGAGGAGGAGGAGUAGCUCCCGACGAGGAGGAGGAGGAGGAGAAGGAGAAGGAAGAGGAGGAGGAGGAGGAGGAUCAAAAGGGGGAGGAGGGGGAGGUGGAGAAGGAGGUGAAGGAGGAGGAGGAGGAGGUCCCCACGAGGAGGAGGAGGAGGUCCCAACGAGGAGGUCCCGACGAGGAAGACGAGCAGGAGGAGGAGGAGGCCCCGAGGAGGAGGAGGAGGAGGAGAUCCCGACAAGGAGGAGGAGGACGGGGAGGAGGACGAGGAGGAGGAGGUCCUGAUGGAGGAGGAGGUCCCGAUGGAGAGGAGGAGGAGGAGGUCCCGAUGGAGGAGGAGGUCCCGAUGGAGGAGGAGGAGGAGGUCCCGAUGAUGGAGGAGGAGGAGGUCCCGAUCGAGGAGGAGGUCCCGAUGCAAGAGGAAGAGGAGGUCCUAACGAUGGAGGAGGAGGAGGAGGAGGAGCAAGAGGAGGAGGUGGUAGAGGAGGGGGAAGAGGAGGAGGAGGAGGUUCCGAGAAUGGAGGAGGAGAACGAGGAGGAGGAGUCCGAGGAGGAGUUGGAGGAGGAGGAGGAAGAGGAGGUAGAGGAGGAGGAGGAGGAGGAGGAGGAGGAGGAAGAAGAGGAGGAGGAGGAGGAGAAAGAGGAGGAGGAGGAAGAGGAGGAGGAGGAGGACGAGAGAAGGAGGAGGAGGAGGAGAGGAGGAGGAGGAGAAGGUCCCGAUGAUGGAGGACGAGGAGGACGAAAAGUAGGAAGAGGAGGAGGAGGAGGAGGAUGACGAAGGGAAGGAAAAUCAUCUGGCUCUGGAGGGCGAUGGACCGUGGGUUGCGAGCGUUAGGCGUCGGAGCUCAGCAAACUGC